AUGUCAACUCCCCUCCGAGCCUUCUCACGAGGGUUGGAGCUCACUGGCAAGAGCAAACAAAAAUACACUCUAUUAGAACCACUACUCCAACGCAAAGACAAACCCUGCAAUGUCUGGAGCGCAGCACGAGAAAACGACCCCACAGAUCAGUUCAUUAUCAAACAGCCGGAUAGCGACGAUGGUCCCGAAUGGCCUUAUUUCACUAAAGAGAUGGAAAUGCAAGAGCUUUUCCGGAGAUCACACUAUAUUCGGCGCAUAGUCGAUGUAAUCCCAUCAUCGUUAGAUCCUGAACCUCCAUGUAUGGUCCUGGAGGCUUUUGAGGAGUCUCUUUGGAGCGCACGAUUGAGACGUCCUUUUUCAUUGGGAGAGAUUCGAUCCGUUAUGAGGUCUGUUGCUAUUGGGUUGGGAAUUAUUCAUUGUAAAAAUCUUGUUCAUACUGACCUGAAAAUGGAGAAUAUCCUUGUCACUGGGUUUGAUAACGACACGCCCGGCGAUGGUGAGAUUCUCGUGACGAAGAUUGCUGAUCUAGGAAUGGUUCGACCGCCGUCCCAAGGUCCCAUUACCUCUAUCACAUAUCGGAGCCCAGAAGUGUACUUCAACAAGCCUUGGACAACAGCAACAGAUAUAUGGUCUUGGGGCAUCGUGUAUCUUCACCUACUCCAGGCUCACGCUGACUUUAACAGCCCAGGCAUGUUCGACUCCUUGAAGGUCGAAGGCUCUUUGGCUGACACGGAAGAUGCCUUCCGAGCAGCCAUGGCUCUUGAGUUUGGACUUCAUUCGGUUGAGUAUUACACCUCAGAUUCUGUUAGUCGGGAGCUAUUGCCGCCUAAGGAUGAAACAAGGACUGAGCUGGACCACUGGAUGACCAAGUUGUCGGAUCUUAGUAUACCUAAGAAGGAUAUUGAGGCUGUAAAUGCGGCGCUCAAUCCAGUCCCUGGCUUACGGCCGACUGCUAUGGACCUUCUUGAAUUCGGCUACAUAUAG